AUGGCACAUAAUACGAACCCUUCUGGUCAAGAAGAGGCCCAGUCCCCUGUUCAGAGUAAGGAUGAUAUCAGCGAAAAUAACGCCCGCAAGAUACGUUUCCUCGAUGCAGAGGCGUCAUCAGACUCAGGAGCAGCAGACUCGAAUGCUCAGAAUUCCGACGCCGCUUCUAAUGCAGCACAGAAGAAAAACAAGAGUCAUCUUCUUGCAAAGCACGACAGGAUCAUGGAAGAUCUUUUAAAGCAGCUGUACGAGCUUCCAAUACUCCUACAAAAUACAAAGAAAAUCAUGGAAGACCCAAGAGUCGAAGUUGAACUAAAGAAAGUCAUCGAUCUGGCUGCUACUGCGAAUUCUUGGUCAAGCGACGUCGAGGAUGUUCGUGAGAAAGUUCGAAGGGACGAAAAGAGAUCCAUGUCAGAUUUUGACCUGCUGGUGUACAACUUGCGUAGGUAUAGAGUCCUUCUUCAUGAACUUGAUGGAACACUGGCUGUGAAUAUGGAGAUUCUAGAGAAGUCCGCGGAUCUUCUGGAGAAAGUCCAGGAGCACAAGCUGAGGCGACAUCGUGAGCUGCACCGUCAGGACCAUGACGAUAUAAGGAUUUCAAAGAAGCAGAAAAAUGAGGCACAAAAGAAUAUUCGGGGAUCUGACAACAAGCCACCAGGUAGUAGACCCGAUAGAGAUGGAGAAGAUGAUAUUCAAAUGAAAUCGACUCCAGGAAAUGAUGACCCAAAGACUCAGGCUUUAGCUCCAGAAACUGGCAGCGAGCGGGUUGGGGUUCAGGAACUUCCUGAAAUAAUCAUAACUCCCCCGGCUUCUGUGGACGAUUCCGAAGUAGCCAUGCAGGCAACUACGUGGGAAGACGAGGCCACAGAUACAGGAUUGGCAGAAGCAGACGAGAUGAUGGACUCGAUCUAUGAUCUCUACGGUAUGUCUUGCGAUAAGGAUACGAUAGAGGAUGAGGUAGAGGACUACGAGAAACUCAUCAACCAGAUUCUGGAAACCUUGACUGCUUUUGCUGUCCAAUUGAGACCAGAAGGCGAGUUCGACACCAAGAUAGCAUAUCAAAUGGACCGCAUCCUCCAACUGUCGAGAGGUGACGUUGAAAAAGAAUGGGAGAUAAGCCAACUUCGACUGGAUCUCUUGCAGGGUGGAGGAGAAAGUGUUGAAGAACGGGUCUUGUAUCUCCUGAAGUCAUAUCGUAUUCUCUUGCAUGCUUUGGUAAGCUACGGACUUCAGAUGGAAGGUCGGGUUACCGAAAAGAUCAUUGAAGUGCACGAACUCAUGUCACAAUAUCAAAACUCUCUGCCGGAUAUUGAGGAAGAAACUUCUAGCCAAGAAUGGGAUGGAGAUGUCAAGUCGGAAUUCGCGGAAAGUCUGGAGAGCCUUGAGGUUGAGCAUGUGUUUCAAGAUGGUAACUGCUCCUGUGGUACCUUUUGCCAUUUCGCGCGAGCCCGACCCGUUACGCCGGAAGGGGAGCUCGAUGCCACAGAACGUGGAAUUCGCGACUGGUACGAAAAAACUCAAGCAGCCAUCAAAGAACACGCUUAUUCGAUAGCAGUCUUCUUGAAGUUGCACACUGAGCAAGUCAAGGCUGGAGACACUGUUGAUCCAAUUAUCCUCUGGCAUGCUAAGAAACUGCGAGACUUGAAUGUAGGGAAACAGAGAGAAGGAUUGGAACCUCAACAAUAUGACCAAUCGCUAGAGGAGACAAGGGUCGAGUUGAAGGUUUUCAGACAGCAGUUAAUCAACUAUUUCUACGAAUGUCAGGAUUCGGGUUCUCUCAUGGAGCUGGAUCCCGAAGUCGUCGCAGCUUGUAUUGAACUGUUGAAAGCAAAUUUUCAGCAACACUGGGACAUUGAGAAAAAGAGAGUACUUGGUAGUGUGUCCGAGACUAAAGAGUAG